AUGACGUCAAAGAAAAUAACUGUUGUCUGCUUGCAGUUUGACAAGAUUGGAACAAUAAAAGGUAGAUCCCUCCAGGCUCCAGUGACCAAAUAUAAUGCUUUUUGGAGACCUCAUGCACCUCCUGGUUUUGCAGUUCUUGGGGAUUAUCUGACACCAUUGGACAAGCCACCUACAAAGACAGUUCUUGCUGUAAAUACUAGUUUUUCCAGAGUCAAGAAGCCCCUAUCUUUCAAACUGCUUUGGCCACUUUUACCUUUUGCUGAGUCGUCUUCUCAUGGUGUAAAUAAUUUGGAUACAAUACCAAAUGGUGUCCUUUCUGAUGAAAGUAGGCAAGUAGCUAGCUCCAUCUGGUUUCCUGAAGCGCCUGCGGGAUAUGUUGCAUUGCGCUGUGUGGUUUGUCCUGGAAGAGCACAACCACCAUUAUCUUCUGCUUUUUGUAUCUCAGCUUCAUUAGUUUCUCCUUGUUCCCUAAGCUAUCUGGAAUCUAAAUUACGUAGCGCACUCAAGGACUAUCUUGCAGCCAAGGGUAUUGGAGAAGAGCUUACUACCUUUCUCUUGCAUUACCUACACAAAAUAGAGCAAGGUUGAUAUGUGCUGGCUACAGGAGCUUGAAUCAUUUGUUACAAAAGCAGCAGAACGAGAGUGAUAGCUAGACAGGAAUCAUCAAAUUGAUCUUCAUCAUUUCAAAAGGAGUGAAUCUUGACCAAACUAUUUUUUAGCAGAACUAGCCCCUAAGUUUGUGGUUAAAGGAAGUUUUGUCAAAACCAGCUGCAGUUUCAGUGACAUUCUUUUCCAAGUAUCUGGGAGUUGCCAAUUGCCAUUGAUGGCUGUUUAUU